UUCACACACAGGUGAAAACAAGUGGGGCACUAAUAUAUUACUAUGACUCACUCUGAUUGGUUAAGGGUCAAACAAAGGCGUGUCAUUCGCCUGAGGUAAGUUCCCUUUUCAUUCAGAGGCAGAAAUUCUGAACUUGAUUAAAAGAAAGACGACCAGUAAACCAAACUUUGGUAUUACCAUUCAGCCACUUGUCUGAUGUGUGGCUGCAGCUGUCACACCCAUCAUACACCAAAUAUUGAUCUAGUUUCCUCCUGUUCUUCUGGCUGUUACCGUAAAGUCCCGAAAGGAUACAAUUGGAAUUUACAAGAACUAAUGAGUCUUACUGUUCAGAGACAAUCCUCUCUCUGGAAUGAAGCAAAACGUGUACAGCCCUCCCCUCCCCCUUUUGCUUGUUUGUGUUUAUAUAAAACUGCGCUCCUUCAGUCAUUCCUCAUUAGUCAGCUAUCAAGAUGGAACUCAUGCGAGGGCUUCACCUCGAACGGGAGCGAUUCUGUUGCUCGUUGUGCUCUGACUUGUUUAAUAAUCCUGUGACGAUACCUUGUGGACACUUCUUUUGCAUGAAAUGCAUCAAGAAGCACUUGGAUGAUGAGCAAGAACGUGGGAUCUACAGCUGCCCUGAUUGCAGGGAGAUCUUUAUGCAGCGACCUCGGCUGGUCAAAAGUGACGUGGUGGAACAUAUUGUGGAACAGCUGAGGAUGACUGCUGCUCCACCUGAUGCUCUUGUUAAAAAAUGCAAUGCUGGAAGUGAAGAUGUAGCCUGUGAUUUCUGCACUGAGAAAAAACUCAAAGCUGUAAAAUCCUGUCUGCAAUGUUUGGCUUCGUAUUGUGAGGAACACCUUCAGCAUCAUAAGGACGUGCCCGCCCUCAGGAAACACAGGUUGGUGGAAGCAACAGCAAAUCUUGUGGAGAGUAUCUGCUUUCAACAUCACGAAGUCAUGAAGCUGUUCUGCCAGACUGAUCAGUGCUGCAUCUGUAAUGUCUGCUUAGAGGAUGGACACAGAGGCCAUAAAAAAGUCUCCACAGAAGCAGAAAGAGCCGAGAAGGACAGAGAGCUUCAGGUGGCUCGGCAAAACAUCCAGCUGAGAAUCCAGGAGAAAGAUAAAGAUGUGAUGGCUUUUAAACAGGAAGAGGACGAGAUUUGUCAGUCAGCUGACAGUGCACUGAUCACCACCGAGAAGGCUUUCACAGAGCUCAUUUAUAUGAUUGAGAAAAAGCUCUCGCAUGUAAAAGAAGGCAUCCUGUCAAGGCAGAACGCCGAUGUGGGUCGGUAUAAAAAUGUUCGGGAUAAGCUGGAGGAUGAGAUUGCCAAGUUGACUAGAAAAGAUACCGAGCUGGACAAGCUUUCCCGUACAGAGAACCACACUCACUUUCUAUUGCAUUAUCACUCAUUGGCUCAUCUGGAUGAUUAUAAAUACCAACCCAUUUACAAGCUUCGCCGUCAACGUAACUUUGACAGAGUUUCAGUGGUUGUGUCGGAAGCCAGAAAUAGGCUGGAGGCGGUCCUUAAUGAAGAAGUGUCUAAGAUUCUGUUUGCAAUAUCCGGGACCAAUGGUGUCCCACCAGUUCCUCAAGCCGAGCCAGAGGCUGUUGCCUCUCCUGUCCAGACCACAGCUGAGUUUGUAAAAGGCAGAAUCCUCCAAAACAGAACAAGCCCCACGUCUCCUAGAUCUGAACUUUCACAGAACAAAGAGAAUUUCAUUCAAUUCAAUGGGGAUCAUGUCGAUUCUAACCCUUUUCCAUCCAGAGGCACCCCCAAAGUUACCAAAAAGAACUUUUUACUAGCCAAGCCUUACCCUGAGAGUAAUGGCCAUGACUUCCUACCGAUCAAAACCAGCCCCAAAUCAAACUUUUCAAAGCCUCCUGAAAAGGCUCUCAGACAGGACUCUUCCUCAACCAGUGCUUCGCUCCGCUUUACCAAACAUAAAAUGUCACGGGCCAAAGCUGACGUCUUUGAAAGCCAAGGUGACAUUAAAAAAAAAGUGGAUUUGAUGGGGACCAAUCAAAUAAUUAGAAGUGUGUCUCGGUGUAGUCUGAACAAUGCUGAUUUUAUGCGACUCACACCUGAAAUUCUACUGGACAGAGUGUCGACCAGAGACAAACUUAUACUGAAUAGAUCUGACUUCUUACGUGUUGCUAAACAGAUCACGUUAGAUCCAAACACUGCCAACCCGCAUCUGCUAAUAACAAUGGAGAACAGAGAAGUACACUACAUGACGGAUGAACUGCCGUAUUCUAACCACCCAGAAAGGUUUGCAUAUUCCUGGCAAGUCCUGAGUAAGCAGAAUCUGACCGACCGAUGUUACCUGGAAGUGGAGGGAAGUGGAAGAGGAGCUAUGGUGGCACUCGCUUACAAGGACAUCAGCAGAACUGGAACCUUCAAUGAAUGCACAUUUGGGCAAAAUGACAAGUCCUGGGCCUUAGAUUGUUUCGAAAACAGUUUUGAAUUUAGACAUAACAAGAUCAAGACUCGCAUCCCAGGCACAUGGUCCAGCAGAGUAGGAGUUUACCUGGAUUACAAAGAAGGUCUUCUGUCCUUCUACAGUGUCUCUGAAACCAUGACUCUUCUCCAUGAAGUCAAGGCUAAAUUCACUCAGCCGCUCCAUGUUGGAUUCUGGCUCUCUGAUGGAGCAUCAGCCAAAGUGUGCAAGUUCAGUUAGGCUGCUGUUUCUCAGUGAUAUAAAUGCAAGUAUGUUUUCUCUAAAAUGAUGUAAAUACAGAUAGAGGUCUAAAUGUCUAAACAACAGGUUU